UAUCGAAGGCGAAGCCAAGGUCGAUAUCAUCCUCAACUCUCUCCCCAAAUCCUUUGAGAAUUUCCGUCUCAAUGUCGUUAUGAGCAAGGUCAACUAUACUCUUAAUGAGUUAUUGAAUGCUCUAGUUGCGGCAGAGGGAGUCAUGGGCUCGCGUAAAGGGAAAGAGGUCCUUGUUGCUGCCAAGGGAUCUACUUCUUCGUCGAAAGGCGGGAAAAAGAAGUGGAAAGGUCCAAAGGGCAAGCAUGACAAUGAAGCUAGUGGGAGCGGUAAAGCCAAAGCAGAUGGCCCUACUGGCGGUGUGAAGAAGCCGACCGAAAAGGGGAAGUGCUUCAAGUGUGGCAAGGUUGGGCAUUGGAAGAAAGAUUGUCCAGUGCUCAAGGCAAAGGGACAAGGGCUUCAAGCCAACAAGGGAACUGGCAAGUGAUGAGAUCACCAUCUCCAUGGGCAAUGCGUCGAAGGUCGCAGCUGUUGCUAUUGGAGAUUUAUCUUUAUGUUUUGGUGAUGACAUUUUAGUUUUGAGAGACAUUUUAUAUGUGCCGGAGUUUCGGCGGAACAUAAUUUCUGUUUCAAAAUUGUUUUUGAAUGGAUAUUCUGUUGUUUUUGAUAGAGGUGUUUCUAUCAUGAGAGAUAACAAGACUAUUUGUUCUGGAAUUUUGAACAAUUCUCUCUAUACUA